AUGGAUACUACAACAUCACUUCCUUUUCUUCCUAGUGUUGAUCUUGGUAAUGGUCCUGCAGAAUCGAAAGUAGGACUUACAAGAAUUCAACUAUCAUACUUGGGCUGUGUUUACUUUAAGGCGAACAACGAUACCGUCGAUAUCCUCCUCGGAUUCUUGCAGAGACAUGUUGGUAUUGAGACUUAUGUUGAUGUUUCUGCCAUUGAAUCUACAGACGACAUUGUAACAAUCUUAGAUGCUGGAGCCCGCACAGUUUUUGUGAAGCCAUCCCAGCUUACUCACUUAGAAAAGCAUACCGACCGUGUUCUUCCAAUCAUACCACAACCGCAGACAGAUGCCGAAUUUCCCAAUGGAGGGUUACUUACUUUUGUGGAUGAGGCCUAUACUCGAUCCCUAUUGGAAGAAUUCAAAACCAAGAAAAUAUCUCCGAUAUUCCUUCUAUCAACCCCUGAAAGCGAUCUCGAAUUACUCGUUAAAGUUGCGAAGGAAUUCUCUGCGAUUCCAAUCAUACCUGCGACACAUCUGAGCAUUGAAGGGGCUACGGAAGGUCAAGUCUUCCUUCCACAAUUGGUUGCGGAUUCAUGGACUUCGGACAGGGCAGACAAGUUGAUACCUACUGUGGUUACAGAUGAGAGGGGGGUAGCUUUGGGACUUGUAUACAGCAGUCAGGAGAGUUUGAAAGAGUCACUGAAAACCGGCACCGGAGUAUAUCAAAGCAGAAAGCGUGGGUUGUGGUACAAGGGUGCAACGUCUGGUGACACACAAGAACUUAUCAGAGUAUCUUUGGACUGCGAUCAAGAUUGUUUGAAAUUUGUGGUUAAGCAACAAGGACGAGGAUUCUGUCACCUACCACAGUCGACUUGUUUUGGUGAAUAUAAGGGAAUUUCUAAGCUUGAGAAGACCCUUAUUUCGAGGAAGGCUUCGGCACCUGAGGGAUCCUACACAGCACGUCUCUUCUCGGAUGAAAAGUUGUUGCGGGCCAAGAUUAUGGAAGAAGCAGAGGAACUUUGUGAUGCCAAGGACAAGAAAGAUAUUGCCUUCGAGGCAGCAGAUCUCAUUUAUUUUGCUUUAACCAAGGCCGUUUCUGCCGGAGUUAGCCUUGCAGACAUCGAACGUAACCUUGAUGCCAAGAGUGUGAAGGUUAAGCGAAGACAAGGUGAUGCUAAGGGGCAAUGGGCUGCAAAGGAAGGAAUCACGAACGGAUCUACCGGCAAGCCCGAGAGCGUUAAGGAGGUCGUCAAGGAAGCUGCUUCUGUGCCAAAAUCCGCAGAAGACAAGGCCGGACUCAGGAAUGGACGCAUCACGAUGAGACGGUACAAUGCUGCAACGACAUCAGAGGCCGAUCUCAAAGAUGUUCUGCAAAGACCUUCCCAAAAGUCUACUGAUAUGAUUAUGGGCAUUGUAAAUCCAAUCAUCAAGGACGUACGAGAGGGAGGCGAUAAAGCAUUGCUCGGCUACACCCACAAGUUUGAAAAGGCAACUUCUCUUACCUCUCCCGUACUCAAAGCUCCUUUCCCACAAUCACUCAUGGAACUUCCAGCAGAAACCAUUGAGGCGAUUGACAUUUCUUUCGAAAACAUUCGCAAAUUCCACGCCGCACAACAAGAGGAUCCUUUGCAAGUCGAGACAAUGCCAGGGAUAGUAUGCAGCAGAUUUUCAAGACCGAUUGAACGAGUGGGAUUGUACAUCCCUGGAGGUACUGCUGUGCUUCCAAGCACAGCUCUUAUGCUAGGUGUCCCUGCAAUGGUCGCCGGUUGCAAAAAGAUCGUAUUUGCAUCUCCUCCUCGAGCUAAUGGUAAGAUCACACCCGAGAUCGUUUACGUUGCCCACAAAGUAGGCGCGGAAAGCAUUGUUCUGGCUGGAGGUGCUCAAGCUGUCGCUGCCAUGGCAUACGGCACUGAAAGCGUCACCAAAGUCGACAAAAUUCUUGGUCCAGGUAAUCAAUUCGUUACGGCGGCAAAGAUGUACGUUAGUAAUGAUACAAAUGCUGGCGUAAGUAUUGAUAUGCCAGCUGGACCAUCUGAAGUCCUCGUUAUUGCGGAUAAAGAUGCGAACCCAGCAUUUGUUGCGUCGGACUUGCUUUCCCAGGCAGAGCAUGGCGUUGACAGUCAGGUGAUUUUGAUUGCCAUUGAUCUUUCCGAGAAAGAAUUGCAAGCCAUUGAAGACGAACUCCACACACAAGCUAUGGCGUUACCAAGAGUUGACAUCGUCCGUGGUGCCAUUGAGCACUCGAUAACACUUGUUGUUAGAGACAUUGAGGAGGCAAUGAAACUCAGCAAUGAGUAUGCACCAGAGCAUCUCAUAUUGCAAAUCAAGGAUGCUGCGAGCGUUGUAGAACUGGUUGAAAAUGCUGGUAGUGUUUUCAUUGGUGAAUGGACGCCAGAGAGUGUUGGCGACUAUUCUGCCGGAGUCAACCACUCCUUACCUACAUAUGGAUUUGCCAAGCAAUACUCUGGCGUAAACCUUGGAUCGUACCUAAAACACAUCACUAGUGCACACCUGACAACUCAGGGUUUGAGAAAUGUUGGCGGUGCUGUGAUGCAAUUAGCGAAGGUCGAGGAACUGGAAGCUCAUAGAAGAGCCGUUGAAAUAAGACUGAAGUAUAUGGAUGAAAGAAAACUAUGA